CCGCGCUUUCUCGCGCAUAGCGUGCCCGAGAAACCCUAGUUCUUCUGUCCUAUAAAUUCCACUACUCCCGCUUGCCGCCGUCGAGAACCCCUCAUUUCUCUUCUUCUUGAUCGCCUAUAUCUCCCAAAAGUUCUUCGUCGACCGAUGGCCGCCUCAUCGAUCGGAGAGCUCGCCUGCACCUACGCUGCUCUCAUCCUUAACGAUGACGACAUCGCCAUUACGUCGGAGAAAAUCUCAACCUUGGUGAAGGCCGCAAACGUGACGAUCGACUCCUACUGGGCGCCUCUCUUCGCCAAGCUCCUCGAGAAGAGGAGCGUCGACGACCUCAUCUUGAGCGUGGGAUCCGGAGGUGGUGGUGCACCUAUUGGAGUCUCCGCUGCCCCAGCCGCUGGCGAUGGUGGUUCUGUUCCUGCAGCCGCUCCUGCUGCUGAGGAGAAAAAGGAGGAGCCCAAGGAAGAGAGUGACGAUGACAUGGGAUUCAGUUUGUUUGAUUAGAGAGAAAGAGAGAGAGAUCUUCACAUUAUCAUCCUUUGUCAGUUUUGAUUUUGAAGUUACUUAUUGCCAUCAUUAAGUCUAGUCUUUAGGAAUUUUGAUGUUCUUAUGAUCUGCUGAGGUUAAUUUGUUUCUUUAGGUGAACUCGAGAUGACAUAGUUUUUGUUCUUGUAAAAUUUGAGACUUUCUCAAAUACAAAUGUUGAUGUUUCUCUUGUUAAUUUGUUUGUUUAGGUGAACUCAACAAAUACUAAUGUUGAGAGUGACAAGAAUAAAUUUCAUUUGCAGGGUAAGGUGGCUAAAUUAGCCUAAUCUUGACCCUACAUUUGAUCCAUUGAACUGA